GGAAGUAUUGUUCGUUCAUAAACAAGAUGGCGCUGUCGAAGAGUGCAAAUACGUAUAAUAGACAAAAUUGGGAAGAAGCGGAUUUUCCUAUUUUAUGUCAAACAUGCCUAGGUGACAACCCGUACAUUAGAAUGACCAAAGAAAAAUAUGGCAAAGAAUGCAAGAUCUGUGUGCGGCCAUUCACAGUGUUCCGCUGGUGUCCAGGGAAAGGGGCCAGGUUUAAGAAGACGGAGGUUUGCCAAACUUGUAGUAAACUGAAGAACAUAUGUCAGACAUGCCUACUGGAUUUAGAAUAUGGUCUCCCAGUCCAGGUUAGAGAUGCAGCAUUAAAAUUGCAGGACAGCAUGCCCAAGUCUGAUGUCAACAAAGAAUUCUUUGCACAAAAUGCAGAAAGAGAUUUAGCAAACUCGGACAGUUCUCUGGCCUAUGGUGCCCUGGGGAAGUCACAGAGCCCCAGCGACAUGUUGCUCAAACUGGCCAGGACCACACCCUACUACAAACGUAACAGGCCUCAUAUCUGCUCCUUCUGGGUGAAAGGGGAGUGCAAGAGAGGAGAGGAGUGCCCAUACAGACACGAGAAGCCGACUGACCCUGAUGACCCUCUUGCUGACCAGAACAUCAAGGACAGAUUCUAUGGUGUCAACGACCCAGUGGCUGACAAACUGAUCAAGAGAUAUGCCACAAUGCCUAAACUAGAGCCACCAGAGGACAAAUCAGUGACCACACUAUAUGUGGGGAACUUGGGGGACAAGGUCACAGAGAAAGAUUUAAGGGACCACUUCUACCAAUUUGGUGAGAUUCGCUCUGUCACAAUGGUGAGCAGGCAGCAGUGUGCCUUUGUACAGUUCACGAAGCGCGAGUCCAGCGAGGCCGCAGCAGAGAGCACCUUUAACAAACUCAUCAUUAACGGCAGGCGGUUAACAAUUAAGUGGGGGAAAUCUCAGGGUCAACAGCUGGUGCCGAGGCAAGAGGGAGAGAUGGGAGGACAGAUGCUGGAGCCUGUACCAGGACUACCUGGGGGUACAUAUACAGACUUCGAUCAGCAUCCUAGGACAGGUCCCGAUCGCCAUCGCGAUUUUACUCAAUCAUCAUCUAUCCUGUGA